UUCCUGUCAGGCGAGACUCCUGAGCUCCAGUUGGUGUCACUGAUCUCCGGCUGGAGUCUGUCAUUCCCAGCUCCGCUGAGGGCUACUAGAUCUGCGUAGCGCCGCAAUAGAUUCCCAUACUAGGUGAAUUUGCCAUUCAUUAUUCGUCGGUUGUUGUGCGUCUCGUUUCGUUCAUAACAAUCCCGCAACCAUGGCGAAUCCGCGGGUGUACUUCGACGUGUCGCUCGGCGGCGAGCCCGAGGGUCGGAUCGUGAUGGAGCUGUUCAAAGAAGCGGCGCCGAAGACGGUGGAGAACUUCCGCGCGCUGUGCACUGGGGAGAAAGGCGUCGGAGAAAACACCGGGUUGCCGCUUCACUUCAAGGGGUGUCCCGUCCACCGUGUGAUCAAGGGCUUCAUGAUGCAGGGGGGAGACUUCUCCCAGAAGAACGGCACGGGAGGGGAAUCUAUUUACGGGGAGAAGUUCGAGGACGAGGCCGGGGGCCUGGCCCUCAAGCAUGACAAGCGCGGGCUGCUAUCCAUGGCUAACAGCGGCCCCGGCACCAACGGCAGCCAGUUUUUCAUCACCUUCGGCCCCACGCCGCACCUGGACGGCAAGCACUGCGUGUUUGGCCGCGUGCUGAGAGGAGGGCAGGUGCUUCGAGCAGUGGAGAUCACGCCCACCGACGGCUCAGAUCGUCCGUUGAGUGACGUCAUCAUCGACGACUGCGGCGAGCUGGCAGAGGGGGAGGAUGAUGGCACCAUGAACCACCCUGAUGGAGACAUGUACCCGGACUGGCCAAGUGAUUUGGACGACAGGCCCACAGAGUGGCAGUGGUGGCUGGAGGCAGUCAAGUCUAUUAAGGACCUGGGGACAAAACACUUCAAGAACGGAGACUACCACAUGGCAUUUCGCCGGUACCGCAAGGCCAUGGUGUAUUUGGACAAGGCGUGGGACAUGAAGGACAUCCCAGGAGAGACCCUAGAGGAGCUUCACUCCAUCCGGGAGGCCCUUCUCAACAACUAUGCGGCGUGCAAGCUGAAGCGCGGUGACUUUGAUGGCGCAAUUGAGGACUCCACCUCCGUGCUGUCGAGAAACGAGAACAAUGCCAAGGCGCUGUUUCGCCGAGCACAGGCGUAUUUGGGGCGCAACGAGUUGGAACCGGCAAUUGCUGACCUGACUCAAGCGCUCAAGGCUGAACCCAAUGAUGGUGGAAUCAAGAGGGAGUUGGCAGCAGCAAAAAAGAAGCUGGCAACAAGAAAGGAAAAGGAGAAGGCUGCAUAUGCGAGAAUGUUUGGUUGAGGUGCAAGAAAGUGGGGGUUUUAAAAUGGAUGAUUCUCUCAUAUGCAAUGCCCAAGUUUUUCGACCGAUUCUUGCCUUAUCGCGGAUGGUUUCUUGGUGCUGGUUGGGCCGCUUGACCGGACAGAGUUGCGCGAUUCGCUGACGAGUGUUGACGUUGUUGCAGCGUCAGCACAGCAGUAGUUUGGUCUGGCGGCGCUCUCUUUUCAAGCUGACCGAGGCAGACUUGCACGGUCAUUCGCAAGCAGGGAAAAUCGAUGGCCAAUUGGGUGGGGCCGGGAGUCCUUUCUAGGUGCCCGAGCUUUUCACCUGUCAAGAUAACACCCCCUCCCAUUGGGAUAAAACUUGGAGGUGUGUUCUCGUUGAUUGGUCAGCUACUCCUCACUCACUACAACCCACGGGUGGGGGGCAGUCACACGUCACCUCCCCUAAGCGAAAUCUGGGCUGUCGCGACCUUGUUACCACGCCGCUCCCUAAGCUCCCAUAGU